AUGAUCCCGGUAGCAAAGCUGCAGCGUAGUACAGCCGUUAAACUGCUGCUGAUUGCUGCCGUCGUAUUUCUUUCAGCGAAAUACAGUCGCUUGACGCCAUUUGAUUACAGCACUGGUCUCUUCUACGACACGCACAUUUUGAUCGACACGCCGGGAUGCAAAGUGCAACUACGAGAGUGGCAUUCCACCGACCAGUCAGCGUCGACGCACCGACAGGUAUGCGUUGGUCGCGAGCCUCCCGUAAACUUCGAUUUCGACCGUCCAUUCUUGAACCACGCCAGGCUCGACAACACGUACGGAAUCCACUCGUUUCGAGACGUGUCCUGCUACUACGCCGGACUGGACACUGCGGCGGACACGUUUGCGUCAGACAGGCGGCCGCGACCGUUCGAAAAAGCGUGGCGCAAUAUGACGACCGGGAUUCGGCUCGAUGCCGAAUACUUUAGGCUUCGUUGUCUUCACAAGGCGAACCCGAUCUACGACGGUCUGCACCUCGUGGCGAGGAGAAGUGACCAUCCAGCAGACGCGAAGACAACCUCCAAGCCUAAGGAGAAGCACAACGUGCUCGUGGUCUCCGUGGGCGCCUCUUCGCGCAGUGAAUUCGAACGAAACUUCAGAUACACGGCGGACUUCCUUAGGCACUCCCUGUAUUCGCACGAGCUGCGUGGGUAUAGUGCCGUAGGUUCCGGCUCAUUCCCAAGCGCCGUGGCCCUACUGGGCGGAAUGACCGCGGGAGAGGCCUGGUCCCGUUCUGCCGGAAGUUAUUACGACGCUCUGCCCUUACUCUGGAAUGACUACAAGAAGACGGGUCACUGGACGCUCUACAUCGAGGAGACUCCUGCCGAAGGAGCGUUUGUCGACCCCGUCGAUCGUGGUUUCCUCCGCAAGCCCACCGACCACUACCCUUUGGCCAUGGCUUCCAGAAUGAGCGCACCCGAUGAAACGGACAGUUCUAGAGAAACCGAUUCGGGCAUCUCCGACAAACAGCCUUCGAUGUGCUCGGGAUACCGGCUGCGCAGUAAGGCACUGCUCGAUUACGCCUCGGAGUUGGCCGAAGCGGGCGCUGCGCGGCCAUUCUUCGCGUUCAUCAAUCUGAAAGACUCGUCGCGAAAUGACACCAAGGCCCACGUCUUGGACAAGCCGCUGCAGACAUUCCUCGCGAGCCUCGAGAGGUGGAACGCGUCCUCCGAGACUACGCUCGUGCUGCUCAGCGAUGUCGGCCAAAGUCACUGGGACACGGGGAUCACCGAACAUGGCAUGCCGUUCUGCUUCGUCAAACUCGCUCCGUUUUUGGUCAAAAGGUAUCCUUGGGCGGCCUCGAGUUUGACCACGAACGAGCGUCGCCUCACCACGCCUUAUGACGUUCACGCCACGCUCAAGGCCUUAGCCACCCAGCCUGGCGAAUUAAGCCUCGAACCCACUCGCCGAGGUCGCAGCCUCCUGGCCCCAAUUCCGGCAGACAGGACGUGCAUCGACGCGUCUGUACCGAAGGAGUACUGCGCCUGCACCGACACAUCAAACCAGGACUCGCCGCUAGCCAGCCCCGGGACACUGUCGCUCGCCCGACGAGCUUUGGAAUUCAUCAACAACGCCACCAGUUCCCUGCCGAGCCUCAAGGAUCAGUGCACCACUUUAGCACUAAGGAGAGUCGAGCAUGUUGACGAGCACCAGAGUUCGGUGAUCUCCUCCAGUACUUCGGCUAGUACCAAAGUGCUGAUAAUUGUGUCGACUGUUCCCCCGGCCAUUUUCUCUGUACGAGCUCGCAAGAUGACCGCCCUCACCAAUGAUAAGGCCGAAGCUGGCGGAAGAAGCGGCACUAAUCAAGGACACCACGAGUCUGAGAUUACGGAUGUCGAUAGGAUUGACCGGUACGCAGAUGGCGACUCCAAAUGCGUUUCACUUGUCAAUUUCAAACUACGCCGGUACUGCUACUGCAAGGAUACUGCACGUCAAGAGACAUCGUGA